UUCGGUGGAAAGUUCAGUUCUGUAAAGAACUGUAUCUGGAAUUUUAAUAACUAAAUCUAAAUGAAAGAGGAUCGCUGUUUGCGUUGUUUAUAGCCGAUAUUUUUUAUGAAAAUACUACAAUCGGAGAGACUUUACAAUGUCCUCAUAUACUCAAUUGUGCCGUCUGAGUAAUUGUGUUAUUGGAAGUUAUAAAUCAAUUAUUCAUAGCAGAACAAAUUGGUUAGCUCCCGUACAAGCAUGCAACUAUACCAGAAAAUCAGCGGAAGACAAAUUGGGCCUAGAUAAGCCUAAGCGGCCGCUUACUCCAUUUUUCAAAUUCAUGGCACAGAUGAGGCCGGCUCUCCUGGCUAAGAACCCUGGUAUCAGCGCCAAGGACGCUAUAGCAUGGACUUCCAAACACUGGCAACAAUUAGAUAGCGAAACAAAAACGCAGAUGGCUAAAGAAUAUGAAAAAGAUCUUGAAGAUUACAGAAAAAUCAAAGCUAUGUAUGAAUCGUCACUCACAGAACAACAAAAGGCAGAUAUCAAGAGAGUGAAAGAGGAAAUGGCGAUGGCAAAAGAAAAACGGAAACUCAAAGCUGAAUAUAAAGAGUUAGGAAAGCCAAAGAAACCAAUGUCAUCAUACUUGUUGUAUAUAAAGUCAAGAAAGGACAGCAUCCAGGGUAAAACAUUGAAAGAAUACCAGGAACAGGUGAAAGCAGAUUGGUUCAGAUUAUCUGAAAGUGAUAAAGUAAAGUUUGAGAAGGAAGCACAGGCUCUUAUGAUGAAAUAUAAGAAAGAUAUGGAAGCGUGGGAACUGAAAAUGAUAUCACAGGGACGUGUCGACCUUGUUCGUUCAAAGCCUGUUCGAGAGAAAAAAACAAAGAGCUUAGAGAAAUCACAAUAGGAAUUCGGGUGCUCUGACGAAAUAAUUGACUCUACACUUAACACACUACCUAGUGAUAAGAAUAUAGACUUUAUACAAAGUAACAAUAAGGAUGUUAGUGCCACUAGUCCAGAGAAAUACACUAUUAGUGUUACUCACAGUAUUCCCGAAACAAGUGAAAAACAUGGUAAUACCGGGUCAAAUCGUCAGAGCACGGGUGAAAAGAAUGAACCUUCGAUAGUUCCUUCAAAAAAAUCUAGUGACAAAACAGAAAGUAAGGGUUUCAUGAGUAGUAUUAAAAACUUUUUUAGCCGUUAAGAAGUAAAAAUUACUGAUUUAGUGUACCUCAUUUCUCAUUUACAUUCAGUUGAUGCAUUUUGUUUUUUGGUCAUUUGUCGUUUUUUUGAUUGUCUUUUGUUUCUCAUCCAAUGUAGAUUAUUAAAAUAUUGUAUGUAA